GAACAGAUGCUCCGCCUACUCACAGAAGCUCCAGCAACGCCACUUCCGGCGAGGUUUUGGUCACGCUGUGCCGCUGAGUGUGGGUAUCCGGCAUCACGCUUCAGGCAGGAACCCUGAAGUACAAAAAAUUCUGUUGGUCAGGUAUGUAUUAGAUCCAAAGCUGACUUUUUUCUUUACGACUCAGAAGCCUAUGGGUUAAGAAGUACAGAAAGUAACUGAUAAUCUCAGUUUGGAGUAGGUAUGAGUGAUUUCAUUGAAGAAUUAACAAGGCCAGUGACAAAGGAUGUGGUGGAGAUAUCUGUGCCCUCUGGUACAGGAAUGUAUUUUCCUUGGCUGCGAAAGCAAAUAGAAACUGUGGUAACUGGAGGCAAAAAGGAGAAGGAUUUUGCUCAGACAACAGGUGCUUGUUUAGGUUUUAUCCAAGAAGCUCUGUUGAAGCACCAAUGGGAGCAAGCUGCAGAAUACAUGCACAGUUAUUUACAGAUCUUGGAAGAUUCAGAUACCCACAAAAGGCAGGCCGCACCUGAGAUUAUUUGGAAGCUAGGAAGUGAGAUUCUAUAUUAUCAUCCCAAAAGCAACAUUGAGACUUUCAGUACCUUCGCUGACCGGAUGAAAAAUAUUGGAGUCCUGAAUUAUUUAAAGAUCUCCCUACAACAUGCAUUAUAUCUUGUGCAUCAUGGAAUGCUUGAGGAUGCGAACAGAAAUCUAAGUCAAGCAGAGACAUGGAGAUACGGUGAAAAGUCAUCUUCCCAGGAAGUAUUAAUCAACCUUGUCCAGGCCUAUAGGGGCCUUUUGCAGUAUUAUAAUUGGUCUAAAAAGAAGAUGGAAUUGUCUAAGCUUGAUGAAGAUGAUUAUGCUUACACUGCUGCAGCCCAGAAUAUGCUGAACCACAGUUGGAAGACAUCUAUAAAUCUUUCUGCAUUGAUUCAAAUUCCUGGAGUUUGGGACCCCUUUGUGAAGAGUUAUGUAGAGAUGCUGGAAUUCUAUGGGGAUCAUGAUGGAGCCCGAGAGAUACUCACCAAUUAUGCAUAUGAUGAAAAGUUCCCAUCAAAUCCGAAUGCCCAUAUCUACUUAUACAACUUUCUAAAGAAAGAGAAGGCACCAGAAGAGAAACUGAUAAGUGUGCUUAAGAUUUUGUAUCAGAUUGUACCAUCUCAUAAACUGAUGUUGGAAUUUCAUAGAUUACUUAGAAAAUCAGAAAAAGAAGAACACCAUAAAUUGGGGUUAGAAGUAUUAUUUGCAAUCUUAGAUUUUGCUGGAUGUAACAAGAAUAUAACUGCUUGGAAAUAUUUGGCAAAAUAUCUGAGACAGACCUUAAUGGGAAGUCAUCUUGCCUGGGUUCAGGAACAGUGGAACUCCAGGAAAAACUGGUGGCCAAGCUUUCACUUCAGCUAUUUUUGGGCAAAAAGUGAUUGGAAAGAAGAUGAAGCUUUGGCUUGUGAGAAAGCUUUAGUAGCUGGAAUACUGUUAGGAAAAGGUUGUAGAUAUUUUCGGUAUGUUUCAAAACAAGGUCAUCAAGUCUUAAGGAAGAAAAUUAAGCAGGUGAAGAAAUCAGUGAAAAAAUACAGUAUUGUAAAUCCAGGACUCUGAUAUUGAAUUUUAGUUAUUUCUUGUUUACAGUGCCUUAAACAUAGUAGUAACUCAGUAGAUAGUUAUUUAAUACAUUAUUUGGCAUUUCAAAAAGGUGGUUUAUAUGGCUAAAAAGGUUACUUUUUAAAAAAUAUUUUCUUUUACUAUCAGUUAUAGCUAGAGAAAGUUCACUGCCUUUUUUGUAAAUAUAUAUAUUUAUUUUUUGUUUUGUUAAAUCUAACAUAUUCAUUAAAGAAUAAUUCUUCCAAUAAAUAAUUCUAUUUGUUUCAUCAGA